AUGGUGCGCUGCGUCCACCUGCGACGACCUCGUUCGUGCAUCGGGUUCGUGGACGCCCAGCUCAUCAGGGACCACAGGAAACUGACACGAUGUCGUUCGGAUACAGGCGGGACAGGUCUGCGGUCGACCUGUUGUACGCGCCGCUGGUGCUGUGCUCAAGCGCAGCGUCUGCCGCUGCCGGAACGCAGCCCUGGUACGAUCCUGCGGGUGGCGUGUGUCGGUGACGUUCACGACCAGUGGUCCGAUGUUGACGCUCAUCUUCUAGACACGGUGGUACAACCUGAUGUGGUGCUUUUCACGGGUGAUUACGGGAACGAGAACGUCGCCUUGGUGCGCAACAUUGCAGCCUACGCGAGGAGGCGCUCUGGAGCAGCAACUUCAGCGCGCUGCGUUGCCAGUGUGUUCGGCAACCACGAUGCCUGGUAUACGGCUUCUGCACGGAGACAAGCAGCAGCAGCAGCAGAUGCUGCUGCUGCUGCGGGUUUGACACGUCGCUUCGGGGUUCCGUUGUUGGAAACGAAGGUCGAAGGUGCCGUUCGUGAGCAACUGGCUCUACUACGGGAGGUGGAUGUGGGCUACGGCGUACGUACCGUUCACCUGGCCGAAAGAGAUAUAGGUGUACCGCUUUCCAUUGUUGGGGGUCGCCCGUUCUCGUGGGGCGGCCCCAACUGGCGUUAUCCUCGAUUCUACGAGGAAUAUUUCCAAGUGUCCAGCAUGGAGGAAUCAGCUGCUCGCAUUCGAGCCUGCCUCCGAGCAGAAGUGGAACGCGUUUGGUCCGCACGGCUUGAGCGCCUCGAGGAAGAGCGAUCAGGGCAAGCUACCUCCAACCGACAUCCGUCGAAGCAAGACGCGUUUGCUCCGGUGCCCUGUCUUGGAGUUCACCAGGUGGUCUUCCUCGCGCACAAUGGGCCCUGUGGUCUCGGUGAUGAGCCGCAUGAUAUCUGUGGCCGUGACUUUGGCUUCGGCACUGCUGGAGGUACUGGAUUCGAUACCUCCAGCAAGCUGCAGGGUGACUUUGGGUGCCCGGACUUGGCCGACGUCAUUCAGUCGCUGAAAACGAAACCUAUGAUGGCGAUCCUGGACGGAGAAGCCUCCGUUUUUAUAGAUGUGCCGCUUUGCGUCUUCGGGCACAUGCACGAGCAGCUCCAGUGGGAUCCACAAGGUUAUGGAAUCCGCCAAAUGGUUGUCGAGAGCCAUCAUACUGUCUAUGUGAAUGCGGCUGUGGUGCCGCGCGUUCGUGCUGCUCGAGAAAUUGCGGAGCUCAGCGGGCAAGCCAGCCUGGAGCCUGGCGAACAGCCUUUCCAUAAUUUCACGGUGAUCGAUAUGGAACAACGUGCUUGUCGAGAGACAGAGGCAGCAACCUGCCCAGCGAAGGAACCCGAUGAUGCGCUCUAUCGUGUGCGGAAGGUGUUUCAGGUGUGGCUGUCAGAGAAGGCGCCUCAAACGGCGAGCUACGUAACCUGUCUGUAUGAAAGCUCCACAGAAUAUGGGCAAGACCCGGAAUGA